CGAGCAAAGUGAGGAUAGUUGUGAGACACUUGACACUUUCGACACACGUUAAACCCACUAAAAUGUAAAAUUCUAUCGUUUUUUCAAUAAAACACGUUUUUGUCAUUGACAAAUAUCGGCUACUACCAUGUAACGCGACGUGGAAGUGAGAAUUUUUUCGCAAAAACUUUUGUGUUUUCUUUUACAUUUUUUUUAAGUUUCUUUGACCGUGCUUCUUUGGAAUUUGUGUCCGCUAAUUCCUUUUAGAUGCACCUUAGUAUGUCCUAUCAAAAUUGCAGUCCAAAUAUUAAAGAAACUAACGAAAAUGGUUAUUCUUGGUAUGAAUGCAAUUGCUGUCCCUAUGGCUACCACAUCGACCUUGAUUUCGUACGUUAUUGCGAAUCGAUCAGCAAGGAAACAGACAACCGAACUGGUUCUAUCCAAAGAAGAAAAGACAGACGAAGACAGAGACAAUCCAUGGAAGUUCUUCUGGGUCUUACACCCCCCGUAAUAGCUGCAAUAGAACAAAGUUAUAAAACAAUACAGGAGCAAAACUCUCCAUCCCCGAAAUUAUCGAAAACGACAAAAACAUCAACAACGACUACGAAGUUUCCGUUUUUAGCUGAUGGGUUUGAUGAUGCCGUAUCCGAUUUUGAGAGAACACUUCAAAGAUCUAAAAACAAAUUGUCCAAUAAUCUGCCAGAUGUUACCGCUGUCUCAGAAAACGCAAGGAGGGUCCCUUCGGCUUCCGGUGGUACUAUGACUGUCUUACCUUCGGCCCAUGAUGGGCCCAGACGACACGAUUUUGACGGUGCUGGCUUCGAAUUAACGGGCAUGGGCCCUAUGGCUCUGCAGAACAUCAGGGAACAAAUGGCUUUAAGCCUUGAAAGAACCAAACAACUAGAGGAUCAAGUCAAGUUGGUACCCGAACUCAAGGACCAAGUUAAUUUCCUUAAAGAAGAAAAUCGGCGGUUGCAUAUACGAUUGAAAAACGAAGAAACAAACAAGCUCAAUUUAAUAAAUGGUAACUACGUUCAACCUCAGUACAACCGCCAAAGGUCCCUGUCAUUUACAACCGUCAACAACAUAGAAACUUCCAUGAAAAAAGAAUCCUCUCCGCCACCUCCACCUCCUAGGAAAGAUUUUGGUGUAAUGUGUGGCGUUUUAACUAGAAAUAUUGGAGUAGGUCAUCAAUCGCCUCACACAAAAUCUGUCUCAACUGGAACCGUCGACAACGAGUUUACGGACAAGUGGUAUCAAGAAAAAAUCAAGUUUAUGAACAAUCAAAAUAUACUUAGCAUUCAAAAAAUCACGUCAUCCAAAAACACCCAAACGACAUUCCAAAGAGGCAGGAGGGAUGUUGGUAUUCAGUUUAAAUUUGAAAAACCCGUUUGUCCGAAAUCCAACACCUAUACCCAAACGGAUAAUAAAACUUUGAGUGAUAAAGCUGUUUUAGCUACAUCUAGGGUAGCAGAUGUAUCGAUUCAAAAGUGUGUGGAAUGCUAUUCGGUAGGUAGCUCAGAUGACACUGUCAGCGAUAUUAUCUGCGAUAAAUGUAACGCUCUUAAAAGGUCCGUGGGUGUAGGUCCAGAAUCCAACGAAGAUAGUCAUACAUCCCCCAUAUCAUUGGCGUGUCUAACUUCUAGAAGCAAAUCCUUUAAUAUGGGAGAAGAUAGACUGAAUCUUGUUACUAGAACACGUACGAUAGCAUCACAGUAUGAACCAAAUAGUAUUAACAGAACUUGUCAGGUUGACCUCCGGAAACCGUCCUCGACGAAAUCGUGUCAAUUCGAACCUAAAAAAUCCGAAAAAACUACUCAAUCCGAAAAAUACACAAUUUCAAGGCACACAGAUACACAAGACUUAAUAGUAAUAAAGAAACAUGUCGGCUGUGAAGCUAAAGAGCAAAAACCAGAUGGAGUAGAUAAGGGUUGCAAUACGGUAGACGUAGCUGAAACGAUGACGGUUUGUACAAAAUGUGAAAGGGAUAAAGAUGACGUUAAGGAACUUUUGAAAAAAGACGAUGGUAGUCCGACACCGUCUAGGAUACCUAGGCCGCAAAUACCUACUACCCCUGUAGAAAUUAGAAAGUUUAGAAGGCAAGAUACUUAUACCAAAGUAUAUUCACCAACUGAAAAGACACCCCCUUCACAAACAAGAUUGUCUGGUUUAGAUUUAUCGCCUAAAGUCAUAUCAAACGAAACAACUCCCCUUGAUAAAGUAAAAACUAACCUGAAAUUAGGAGAACCAAUCUCAUAUGCUCAAAAUGGUGUCAAUUCUACAGCUCCAAUUACGAAAGUUCAAAUACAAGAGAUUACACUGCCCACAUCAGAAUCUACAAUUUUCCAAAAUAGAAAAAAGGUUGUGCCAAGUAAAGAAAUGCAGGGUGCAAUGAAGGUGUUAAACGACUCUCUUAUGAAAAAUCAAUCGAAAAAGUUGCCAAACCACAGUGCAAUAAACAUAGUCCAAACAGAGUGGUUUAAAAUAUCAAGCUUAGUAACAGCCAAUCCAUUAGAUGUAGAAGAUUAUUUAGAUGCCCUAGAAGACAUGUCAAGUCUCUUAUUAGAAUACGUAGUGAAUAUGAGCGAUUCAAGUGGGAAUACAGCUAUGCACUAUGCAGUAUCUCAUGGCAACUUUGAUGUUGUAUCUAUUUUGCUCGACUCCAAAGUAUGUGAUAUCAAUAAACAGAAUAAGGCUGGAUAUACGAGUGUCAUGUUGGUUUCCUUGGCUGAAGUGCGAUCUCAAACUCACGCAAAUGUUGUUAGGAGAUUGUUCCAAUUAGCUGAUGUAAACAUUAGGGCAAAAAAACAUGGUCAGACGGCUCUGAUGUUGGCAGUAAGCCACGGACGAUUGGACAUGGUAAAAAUGUUAUUAGAAGCAGGUGCAGACAUAAAUAUACAGGACGAAGAUGGCAGUACAGCAUUAAUGUGCGCUGCUGAACACGGCCAUAUUGAAAUAGUCAAACAUUUCUUAUGCCAACCCGACUGUGAAUCUACUAUUAUUGAUGUGGAUGGCAGUACAGCUUUAAAGAUAGCAAUGGAAGCAGGCCAUCGACACAUUGGAGUACUCCUCUAUGCUCACGAACGAAAUCAUCAAAAGAGUCACAACUCUAAGAUGAAGAAAAGCAAAUCAAUAAGCAGCCCUAAAACCCCAUCCUCACCAUUAGCUGUUAGAAGCAGCCACCGUGCCUUAACUGACCCAAAAUCUAAAUAGUAACUACUAACUAUUUAUAGUUAACUGUGUUUUUAGGAUUAUUAGAAUAUGUGUGUGUUUUAAAAUUCACUGUUAAUCAUUGUAGUAUCUAUCUACCUUCAUAUUUUAUGACGGGUAUUAUUGGAAAAUACAAUGACUUUUCUUUCGUAUUUGAGAUUAACAAAAAAUAUUUUAAAUUUAAGCCAAAAGUAAAAUUUAGUGUCGGAGAUUUAAAAGCUGAUUUUUUAUUUAUAAUAAUAGAAGAAUUAGUCAUUGUGUUUUCUAAAAGAAAGUUUAGAUUUACUGGUCUCUCAUGUUUUGCUUAUUACCUACUUUUGGUAUAAUAUUAGAGCUUAUUUUUUAUGUUUACUGUGUAAAUGUAUUCAAAAUAAGUUAAAAAAUUAUUUUUUUGCCAACGGGCAUUGAACGUUUGAUUUUAUAUGGCACUAAAUCCCUAUUGAACAUACAGGGAACAGUUUUAGUGCUUCUACAUUCAUCUGACAAAAUUUUUAUAUAUUUUAAACAUAAGGGUUGAAGUUUAACAAAUUUUGAUGAGCAAUAGCCGAUAUCAAACAGCAAUAAAGUCUUAUAUGAGCUCUAAAUUGAUAUGUCAGGGAGACGCGGUGUAGUUUUGCACUAGAUUGGCAUUAUUUGAUACAGAAAUCUACCUGAACUCUUUUAAGUGUCAUGCUUGGUUUCUGAAACAUUUUGACAAAGUAGCGCGCUAUCGAGGUAGGGGCAACCUUUAUCUCCCUAUUUUUAGCUUAUAAGAUGAACUAUUUUUUAAAUUGUUUUCUUAAAUCUUUAAUUUUUAUUUAAAAAACAAAUAUCUUUAAAAGAGCUGGAAUAAACGGUGUUUUAGUCUGUAGGUAAUUAUUUGUGUUUGUGAAAUAUCAAGUUAUGGCUUCAGAUUACAGAAAUAUUACUCAAGUUCUCUUGCUUAAAUCAAUACUAUUAAAGAAAAAAGAAUAAGUUUAAAAUAAAAAACCGUUUUUGAUUUCUCAAUUUUUUUUAUUUCAACAUGUAUCUCAGUAACUAACACUUAAAAGAAUUAAUAGUUUCUGUAUUACAUUUUGUCGGUAAAAUGUCGUUACACCCUGUAUAUAUAUUUUCAGAUAUCGAAUAAUGUUUCCUACAAAAAGAUCGAAACAAAACAUGUAAAUAUCUCAAGAUAUUGUAAGUGACCAAUAAAUCCUAAAAUAAUAAAUGUAUAUUUCAACGAAGUGUAAGAACAAAUGUUUUUAUAGUAUUUUGUAGUGUUUUGUAUAGUAUGAAUGCCACUGACUAUGGUGUAGCUAGUCCAUAAUAAUUAGUUGUUGUUGAUAUGUUAAUAUUAAAUUUUAAAAUUCGUUAAACAGUUAUUUGUGAACGUAUUGUUAUAAUGAUUGUAUUGAAAUUUUGCAUUUGUUUAUUCAGGAUAUUUUUGAAAUACAUGUAAAUUGUAAAACGGGUACUAAAUGUUUAAAAACAAAUGUCAAUAAUUUUCUUCUUCCUUUUUUAUGGGCUCAAUAUGUGAGGAUUGUUUACCUAGUAUGUUUUUAUUUUUUUCGAUUUUGUUAUGUGAAAAAAGUUGCGUCUGACUACUGUCAUCACUUUUUCCACUUAAAUAUUAUUUUGCAAUUUAGACACUGAAUAUAAAUAGCAACCCACAAAUUGAACGUAUGAAAUCUUAAUGGUUGGUAAGUAUAUUCUAUAUAAAACGAAUUUAAAACGUCUAUUCUUUUUUUUUUAAUAAAAAUAAUUUUAAUAUCGCCUCCCAUGGCCCUCUCCCUGGAACCGCUUUUGAUAAGUUGAAGCAUAUUCUAGAGAAUUAAGCUAAAAUUUUGUUCCUGUCUUUUUUUUUAAAAGAUAUGUAAAAUAUGGAUUAGGGGUCCUAUAGUCAAAGUAAGUUACUUUAUUGCAACCUUUUUAAAAAUAGCCAAUUUGCAACUUUAACACCCUGUAUAUCAUAAACUAUAAGACUGUAAUCAUGUGAUUACUUAUAAAAUUAAAUAAGUUUAUCUCGAAUUAAAAUCAAAAAUAAAAUUGAUGACACUACAAAUAACGGUUCGAAAUGCAAAAUCAAAACGCUUGUCCAUAACAGACCCACAAGGGAGCUGUUGGAAUUGAACAAAAUUCAGCACAUUGAUAUAUUUAAAUUAAAUAAUUUAUAAACUAACCUACCUCAACAUGGCAUUUAAAAAACGAUUUUAAGGCCUUUAUUAAUAGUAUUUUUAAAAAAUAUUUUUUUUGUAUUUAUAGAAAGUACAUGUAUUUCAAAAUCACCCUGUAUCUAUGUACCAGAGUUCAACGAAUUUUUGCAAAUGUUAAAUGCAAUAAUUUAGAAGAUCUCUUUUGAUCGACUGAAUCAGAUCUUGUUUGCAAAUUUCAUAGAAUGUUUGGUACUAUUUAUCGAAUUUACUUAAAUUGUUCUGUUUGUUAAUAGUUAGGGACCAUAUUUUUUAAUGUUUACCAAAAUUUCAGUGCUUGUUAACAUUCCAAUUAAUACCUAUACCUGUCUCACAAAUGAAACUGGAUGAAAAUAGAGUGUAACUGUGAGAUUUGUAAAAAUAAAACUAAUUAUUUACAUAAUUAAUCACCAAGUACCUACCUAUCAUUUGUUGAGACAUCUUGUAUGUAAUGUAAAUUUUUUGUAUUUUUAGUUAACCUUGCCAAAUCCUAUUAUUUGCAUUUUAUAUUGCCUGUAUUUUUUAUUACAUUUUAA